AUGGCGUCUCAUCAUGGAACGCGUGAGCUGUUGGCGUACCUUCGCACAGCCUCCCCAAUUGUACUCCUCGUUGUUUUCGUCGUGGCUUUUGUGACCAACUCCAUUCGCACUGCUAGAACUGUGACCCAAAAUGGCAAUGCAGUGUGCACAGGACCGGGUGGACGACCUCUACCAAAGCGGUCAAGAAGCACAAUGGUCGUCGUGAAAGAAACACAGAAGUUCUCCCAGAGCGCGAAGCUGCUUUUCAAGUGGCUGUCGGCUGGUGUGCUCGUCACUUUGGUUGCCGAUGCCGCCAUCAACGUGGCUCAUGUUAUGGUUGCCAGAUCGGAGCACUGGUGGUGUGGCCAGGCUGUGGUGAUCUACGUUGUGGGUUCAUUUUUCGUUUACGCGGUAAUCCUCGUGUCUCUGUUAGACAGUAAACCCUCUCCGUCCUCAACCCAGCUCAUUCCAUGGAUUAUCGCAAUCCCCUUCGAAUUGKCCAUUGUGGGGGCCUCCCUUUCUAUCUACUCCACCGUUCACCAUGAACCCGUGGUAGGGAACCCUUCUGGUGGUCGACUACGGCAGGGCAUGACAGGAUGGGAGUCAAUGGAGAUCGUCUCCAAUUGUAUCAGAGUACUCAUUUUGGCGAUAUUGGUUUUAAUCUACUUGUUCUGCUCGAUCAGUGCGAGGACCAGUGCACGGAAGGCAGCCCGAGACCAGACCCAUGGCCCAACCGAGUCGACAGGAUUGCUCGAUCCCGCGCACGCAGAAACAGGCACUAAUGGCACGGCUUACGGCUCGACUCAUGCCGCUCAAGGAAACCAGCAACCUUCCAAACCGGCCGACCCAUGGGUCCGUCCAACCACAGUUCCGUCCACCAGCUGGUGGGAAUAUCUCAGUGGCUAUUCUCUAUUUUUUCCGUACCUGUGGCCUUCCAAGUCCCGUCAAUUGCAGUUGAUUGUGAUCAUCUGUUUCAUCCUGAUUGUUCUCCAACGUGUCGUCAAUGUUUUGGUCCCCUACCAGGUGGGAGUGAUCACCAAUAUCUUGUCGAAAACUGACGGUGACUUCCGUGUCCCGUGGUUUGAAAUCUGUCUCUAUAUUCUUUACCGGUGGCUACAAGGCAAUCAGGGCUUGAUCGGUUCGCUGCGGUCUAGCCUAUGGAUCCCAGUGAGCCAGUAUUCUUACAUGGAGCUUUCGACGGCUGCCUUUGAACACGUGCAUGGUCUCAGUCUCGAUUUCCACUUGGGAAAGAAAACCGGUGAAGUGCUAUCUGCCCUGAGCAAAGGCAGCUCUAUCAAUACCUUCCUGGAACAGGUCACUUUUCAGGUUGUACCAAUGCUGGUAGAUCUGUGUGUCGCCAUCGGAUACUUGCUUAUUGCCCUUGACGCUUAUUAUGCACUCGUCGUUACUAUCGUCACCUUUUGCUACCUUUAUGUUACCGUACGCAUGGCCCAGUGGAGAGCAGAGAUCAGACGACAGAUGGUCAACGCAUCGAGGCAAGAGGAUGCUGUGAAGAACGAUUCUAUGGUCUCAUAUGAGACCGUCAAGUAUUUCAACGCAGAGGACUACGAAUUUAACAGAUAUCGGGGUGCCGUUUCGGACUAUCAAAAAGCCGAAUACCAUGUUCUCUUUUCUUUGACUUUGAUGAAUACGUCCCAGAAUACCGUUUUCAUGCUGGGUUUACUGAUCGCAUGUUUCAUUGCCGCCUAUCAAGUCUCUCUGGGCCAGCGGGAUGUGGGCCAAUUUGUGUCCCUUCUCACGUACAUGGCACAGCUUCAAGGGCCUCUCAACUUUUUCGGCACCUUUUACCGCUCGAUCCAAUCGGCCUUGAUUAACUCGGAGCGAAUGCUAGAAUUAUUCAGGGAGCAGCCCACUGUGGUUGAUAAGCCUGGCGCAAUGCCUCUGGCUGUAUGCAAAGGUGACAUUAAGUUCGAGGACGUUGAGUUUGCGUACGAUACCCGCAAGCCUGCCUUAAAUGGUCUUACGUUCCAUUGCGAACCGGGCACAACCACAGCACUCGUUGGCGAGUCAGGCGGUGGCAAGUCAACCGUUUUCCGUCUCCUGUUCCGAUUCUAUAACGCGAGAAAUGGACACAUCCGAAUCGACGGACACGAUGUGGAAAAAAUUACGAUUGAUUCGCUCCGAAGACACAUCGGGGUUGUGCCGCAAGACACGGUUCUUUUUAACGAAACUUUGAUGUACAAUCUGAAAUAUGCCAACCAGAACGCUACGGAUGAGGAAGUUUACGAGGCUUGUCGCGCUGCCAGCAUUCAUGAUAAAAUCAUGUCCUUCCCUGAUGGCUACAACACCAAGGUGGGCGAGCGUGGUCUCCGACUCAGUGGAGGAGAGAAACAGCGGGUGGCAAUUGCUCGAACCAUCUUGAAAAAUCCCCGGAUCAUCCUCUUGGAUGAGGCGACGGCCGCACUGGAUACAGAGACCGAAGAGCACAUCCAAGGCGCGCUAUCGACUCUUUCCCGUGGCCGCACCAUGCUGGUCAUAGCACACCGCCUCAGUACUAUUACCACAGCGGAUCGCAUCUUGGUCUUACAUGAAGGUAAGGUCGCAGAAAGUGGCACGCAUGAUCAGCUACUGGCUAUGAAAGGCCGGUAUGCUAGCAUGUGGCGCAAACAGAUUCGAGCCCAGCGCGCGGCCGCAGAAGCGCAAGUUCUUCAAGAUCGCGCCCAACGUCUGCGAAGUGCAUCUACGACUGGUGUUGGAGACGACAGCUCCAGCCAGUCUGAUGAGGACCGCAACGGCAAACAUCAUCCGGCCACAGCUCGACCAGCGCAGGGUCAAUAUUCCGGCAAAUCUUCGGAUGAUAGCCAGAAAGGGUAA